CUGAAAGAGAUUGCUGAGUCGGCACAUGGUGUGCACCAUGAACCCUCUAUUUCCAUUUACUGUCUAAUCCAGAUCUGCUUUUGGUCCUCAGCACACGCCUCACUGCCACAGCAGUGACCAUAGAGGUACUGUCACAAGGGCAUGACAGAAAAUCAGACAUGGGUCACAGAGUUUAUUCUUCUGGGAUUUCCACUCGGUCCAAAGACACAGAUGCUCCUGUUCGGGCUCUUCUCCCUGUUCUACGCCUUUACUCUGCUGGGGAACGGGGCCAUCCUGGGGCUUAUCUGUCUGGACCCCAGGCUGCACACACCCAUGUACUUCUUCCUCUCCCACCUGGCCGUCGUCGACAUGUCCUAUGCUUCCAACAAUGUCCCCAAGAUGCUGGCAAACCUCGUGAACAAGAAAAAGACCAUCUCCUUUGUUCCCUGCAUAAUGCAGACCUUUUUAUACAUGGCUUUUGCUCACACAGAAUGUCUCCUAUUGGUGGCCAUGUCCUAUGAUCGAUACGUGGCCAUCUGUCACCCUCUACAUUACGCUGUCAUCAUGAGCCGGAGACUAUGCACCAUCCUCGCUGCUGCUUCCUGGGCAUGUGGCUCCCUCCUGGCCCUGGUCCACGUGGUCCUCAUCCUGAGGCUGCCCUUCUGUGGGCCUCACGAGGUCAACCACUUCUUCUGUGAGAUCCUGUCUGUCCUCAAGCUGGCCUGUGCCGACACCAGGCUCAACCAACUCCUGAUGGUGGAAUUCCAAAGGGUGAACUGGGAUGGAGGCUCCUUCUCUGAGUAUGGUUCUGGGAUUGAGGUUCUAUUUAGCCAGGAGAAGUUGUUGACAAUAAUGAUGAUGACUGUGAUAAGGAAGCCCAAGAUUUGGGGACAGAAGAGAGAGGAAGAGGAAGAAGAAGAACGAAGAGGAGGAGCAUAA